UCCCGAAGCACUACAAAAACCCUCGACCCAUCGCCUCCCCACACACCCCGCCCGCGCCGCCGCCGUCGCAGCACUCCGCGAACCCUAGCCCUCCCUCUCCUCCGCGGCGGCUUUGAGCUACCCGCAGCCAUGACGUUCAAGCGGAGGAAUGGCGGGCGCAACAAGCACGGGCGCGGCCACGUUAAGUACAUCCGCUGCUCCAACUGCGCCAAGUGCUGCCCCAAGGACAAGGCUAUCAAGCGGUUCCUGGUGAGGAACAUUGUUGAGCAGGCUGCUGUGAGAGAUGUGCAAGAGGCUUGUGUGCAUGAUGGAUAUGUUCUUCCCAAGCUGUAUGCAAAGGUGCAUCACUGUGUCUCAUGCGCAAUCCAUGCUCACAUUGUCCGUGUUCGCUCUCGGGAGAACAGGAGGAACCGUGAGCCUCCGCAGCGCUUCAGGCGCAGGGAUGAUGGCCCGAGGCCAGGCCAAGGCCCGCCGCGCCCAGGUGGUGGUGCACCUCCCGCGGCCGCUACCGCUGUUCCUCGUACCUAAGUUCUGGAAUUUGUUUUCGGGACUUAGUUUUUGUCACCGAUGCUAUAAUGGACUACUGCUCUUUUGAGAAAACAACUUCGCUGUAUCCGUUUGAUCUUAAUUUCCUUUAGCACAAUUUGUGGUUCUUUAUCAUCCGUGUUAGUGUUGAUAUGAAACUGUUGGUUGGAUGCUGUCAGAUGCAAAUGCAUUUAGUAUUUCGACAU